AUGAUAUAAGAAUAAUAAUAAGGAAUAACUGAAGAAGAGAAGGAACUUAUUUAGAUAGAAGAAUUAUCAUAAAAAUUAGAAGGUCUAUAUAAGGAUAUGGAAUAGAUAAGAAGAGAGAAUUUGUUAUUUGAAUCUUAUAUAAUGAGAAACUCAAAAGAUUUAUAAAGAGAAGAAGAAGCAGAAGAUAAGAAAUAAAAAACAAAGAAAAAGGAUAAGACAAUAGAUAAAAAGGUUGAUUUAAGUAUUAUAAUAAUUAGGCAAUGUAAUUGACAAAUGAAGAGAAGUAUGAGAUAGCUUAAUUUGAGAGCGAUACUUUAAAAAAGAAUAUUGAAGAGGGAAGAAUUAGAUCAGAUUAAAUAUUAGAAACUUUGAGAGUAAUUAAAAUAAUAAUAAAUAAAGGCAAUAUUAGAGGAAACUGAUAAGGCAAUUACUGAAAUUAGAAAGGAUGCUUUUGAUUUUUAAAGAGAAAUAUUAUUUGCAGGGGAAAAUACUAGAACAGGAAAAAUUGAAGCUGAAAGAAUAGAAAAAUAUUUCAAAGAAAAAUUGGCUUAGAAGGUAAUAUAUUUAGAUAUUUAGGAUGCAUAAAUAGAAAAAUAUAAAUAAAAGAAAGCAAAUAUUGAAUAAUAGAUAACAAAAACUAGUAAUCAAAUAUAAAAGAAAGAAGAGAUGGGUGAUGAUUUAAAAUUUAUAGAUUUUCAUUAAUUGUAAAUAGAAAAUAAAAAAUAUGUUAAAUAAAUAGAUGAAAAAAAUAAAAAGUUAUUAGGUUUAAAAAUAGCAACAGGAAAGAUAUCAUCAAUAUUAAUAGAAGAAAGAAAUUAAUUAUAAAAUGAAAUAGAUUAAUGCAAUAAAUUGAUUUAAGAGAUUGAUGAUAAAAAUAAAAAAAUAGCAAAAACAUAAGAAUAAAUAAAAAAAGUAAAAAGAUAGAUAUCCUCUUUGACAGAGAAAAAGAAAAAGUUUGCAAUUUAAUUAGAACAAGUAAACAAUGCUACAAAUGAAGAUAUUCCAAAAGUAUUAAUAAUUUGAUAUGCAAAAAAGGCUAUGACUUAUGUAUUAUAAAAGAGAAAAGAAGAAGAAUUGGUAUACAAAAUAAGAAAUACAAAUAGAAAAAUAGAAAUAGCUGAAUUAGCUUACUAAAAAGCUUGUAAAGUAUUGGGGAUAAAUCCAGAGAGCCUAUGAGAAAAGAGUUGAAGA